AUGCUCCACGCACACCUCCAGCUCCACGAAGCGACGAGUCACGUCACAAAGACGCUGAGACUCUUCACAAACGCUCUUCAGCAUAUCCCGCUGAUCCUCCUGCAACUGUUGCAGAGCAAGUUCCACCUUCACAACCCGACCAUGAAAGUCUCCAACAGCAGACUUUGUUGCGCCAGCAACCACCUCCGCCCGCACACGCCACACCUCCAAAUGUUGUGGCUUCAGGAGCCGUUUCAGCGUCGCAUCAGCCGGCGACAAGCGAUGCAGGUCCUCUGCCUCCGACCCCAAUGUCGGAGGGGUCAUCUGCAUCAGGCGCUCGACAGUUGCCAAUCGUUCAAGCACGGUAUCGUGUUCCAGUCGCGUCACACCAUGUCCCUUCAUCUUCCGCUCAACCGCAGUCAAGCGAGCGGCCACGGCGUCAUGCUGCGCCGAGCGCGCCUCAAGAGCAACCAAACGCCUCGACACGUCAUGGGCGACGUCCGCGUUUCCAUCUCCCACACCACGAGUUCGUGGUAA